AUGACCGACCCGAUCGGCGCGCUCGAAGCCUCGUACGGCGCGACGCUGGGCGUCGGCCUCCAGUACGCCGUCGGCGCCACGCUUCUCGCGAGCCUCUCGUCCUGGAGCCUCUCGUGGCACGCGCUUGUCUCGAGCUGCGUCCUCUUUGGCGUGCUUCUCAUCGUCCACUGGACCUUUGCGCACCUGUUUGCGCGGCCGGGCGCCUCGUCGCCGGCAGCGCCGCUCACGCACGCGUGGCUGAGUGCGUACCCGCUCCCCGCGUCGCCUCUCACAGGCAGCAAGGAGCCAUACCGCAUUGCGCUCCAGAAGGUCCAGCUUGAUUUUCUCGCCGCGCGGGCGGCAGCGAUGAAGACCACGUCGCUGUCGUACCGUGCGCUCGCGAUCUGGGAAGCGUUCUUCGCCUCCAGCGACCUCGUCACGGCGGCCACAACGGCGCCGGUGAGCCUCUUUGCGUCCGAGGCCAUGUGGUCGCGCACGUUUCAGUGUGCGACCGCGACGUUGGAUCUGCUCACGCAGCAGCUGCAGGCUGUCUCGGCGUGGAAGGCGAUGCUGCCGGUGGCUGUCGGCUCGGUGCCAAUGCAAGUAAUCUCGUGGGCGUCGCUCCUUUCCACGCUCGUCUCGGGUGAAGUCACGCCACUGUCGCUCUUGUCGGCACCGCCGUCCGCGUCCGCGGCAUGGCAGCGUCUUGCCACCGACAUGGUGCUCUCGCUCGUCUUCCUUUCGGUCACGGAGGUUCUCCACGUGGUCGAGGCCAUCGGCCUUGUUGUGGCGGCGUCGUACGCCAAGGACAAACAGGGCUAUGUGCAGCUGUCGGUGCCAGCGAUGCUCUCAAGCCUUCUCUCGCUGCGCAUGGCCCUCGACGCGCACACCCGCGCCAAGCAGCCCGCGGUCGACCAGCUCACACUCGCGCUCGAUGCGACGCUCCGGCGCAUUGCGGUGACGUAUGCCAAGCAGCAAACCGACAUUCUGCAGUUCCUCCCGUCGGCCACCGUCCAAGAGCUCUCCAAGCGCGGGUUGUUGACGACAUAAGCAGAG